AUGGGCAUCCAAUACGAUCGACUUCGCUACAAGGAUGGGGGUAUUCAACAGGACUCGGGUUGCGGUACUACAUUAAAGAAAAAGAAUAAAGAGCUUACCAGCAGGUUAAGAUUUGAAAUCCAGAAAUCAACUACGGCAGGAGCAAAGUUUUUAGAAGUUAGUCUCUCGCUUAAAGUUGUGACAGUUUAUUCAAG